AUGGAAUUCAUCGGCGGUGCCGCCAUCGGCCCGUGGUCCAAAAGCUACGCGAUCGACUGGCGCCCUUCUCACGAUGGAAACCAUCAGAGCGAUGACGAUGUGCUGACCGAAGUCAUGAAGUUCAUCCAAGCCAAGAACGGCAAGAUUCUCGACAUCAGAUGGAUCAGAGACACUCUUGAAAGACACCUUCCGAUCGGCUAUCAAAUGAUGUUCGAUAUGGGACAAAUGAGAGUCAGCAUCGAGUCCUCGCUGUUGUCCGCGAUGGUGUCCAUCUGGCUCAACGAUUUCAAGCUGACGCCAGAGGAGUGGUUGCAGAACAAUCUUGGUCCCAUUCGCGUCAAAGCCUUACGCCUGGGCAUGGUGGCUGAUCAUGGCUAUGCGGAGUGGCUGGAGACGAACAGGCCUGAGUUCUUCAAAUUACACUCCAACGAGAUUCUCGACUUGAAAGAAUUUUGUUGGGACUCGCCUAAGUGUCCUUCUCCUCCGCCCGCUGCCAUCGAUUCGAAGAGCAAGUGGCUUGCUCUGGCUGAGCAGUCGGUCAACCACCUCUCCACACCUGUGAUCGGCUCGUCUCUUCAAGAUCCAACCAUUGCAGAGGCCAAGACAUACCGAAAGUCCACAAACCCCGUCCCGACCAUACCGUCUUCGUCUCAUCACCGCAACGUCGUACCUCUUGCCUCGGCUGAAGAGGUAUUUGGCAAUGCCAAACGCCAUGGAGCACAUCUAUCGCAGCUCGUUCAGAACGAGAUCGAAGGCUGGGUCUCCCGGCUGGACCCCAGCAUACUGGGCUCGGACUUUCGAAAAUUUGAAGUCCGUAUCCCUCGAGACAUCGACCACGAUCGCUGCUACCGAAGCGUGAUGAAAGAAGUUCAGCAACAAGCGGGCAUGGGCUUGGGCGUCGCCUGGGCCUCACGAGACACCGAGUCCUUCUUCAUUCCCUUCGUAUCUCAGAACCAACCGGAACUGCUCCUUGAGCCCCUCACGAUACUUUGGAGUCGCCUCUCUAGCUACAGCCUCUAUCUUGAGACGAUGUCAAAUCCCGUCUCUCUCCCCGAUUACCUCCGCGAACAACGCCGAGAGCACAUGACGAGAUGCCUACUGGACGGAAUCAGGUCGGGUCAGAAGAGACAGAGAACAACAGAGUCGGACUGCUUCGCCGAAGGGCGUGUCAGCAAGAAGAAGAAGAUGGAACACUGA